AUGCUUGCGAUGCUCGAACAAGAGGGGAUCGAAGGCUCCCCAAGCUUGAAGAAGACUGCUGAGUCGUUGGGUCUCGACCGUCUAGAAUCACGGCUGGCAAAGAGAAGGAAGCUUAGAACGGAGCUCUCGCAACCUGAUGCUGGAGAUGAUCGGGCCGCAGACUCCGCCGCCCAGGGGAGCCAACUCGCGGUCGCCGCCGCCGUCGAGCCUGAGCCUGCCAAGAAGGAGCGCAACGGCUGCCCUGGGUGCGGGCGGGUGUACGGAGUGUUGAUGUCAUUCUUUCAACCAGCCUUUGUGGAGUGGGGCUUGCCAGACGGUCGAGGUUUAUGGUGCAAGGACUGCAUGGGCCUCUUCAGGCUCACGAGGAAGGAAGAGGGCAGCUUGACCACGUGGCAGGGCAAGCUUUCAAAGAUCGAGGUAACGCUCGACUGGGAGUUCGACCUCAUGGUGUGGAUCCAGCUGAAGAAGGAGGGCAAGGACAGGAUCGACGACGUUGUGUUCAAGCUCCGCAAGGACAGUUUGAAGUGGCUGCUCGAGAACAUUGGUAUCCCCACUGGCCCGUUCGUCGUCGCGCUGCUGUCCGAUCGUCCAAGUAUGCUGACAGACGACGGCAUGAAAACGUUGCGUUGCGUUGCCACAAGCUCAGGCGUGCAGCUUGGGGCAUUGAUGCCGCUCCACCAGACCUUGACGCACGAGCAGCUCCAGCAGUCUGUUGAGAUCCCGAUCGACCACUGCACGGCCAUCCAACCGUACAACCCGCAGCCCCCGAAGAUCAAGACGCCACUGGAGGUGAAGUUCGAUGUGAUCACGGACGGCGCCAAGGAGCUCCUCACCCACUUCGCGACGGCCGAUUGGAAUAAUGUGAAGGAGUCCUCGUUCACAACUCACAUCACAGAAGUCGGGGGCGUGCAGGGCGAGGCGCAGGCCACUGGCGCGGAGUCGAUCGUGGAGCUGGCGAUCCUGUGGGCCGAGGGCCUUUCCAUGGGCAAGCACGCCAUGAAGUGCUGCAGGGAGUACGUCAAGCUCACCGCCUUCGGCUCGUUCUUGUCGCGCACGGCGCGCAUCACUGCCCACUAUAGCUACCAUCUGACGUGCCUCAAGGGCGAGUUUGUCAAUUCUGGUUGUGUGAUGUCAAUGGGCUUGGACGCUGCUACCAAAGCCAUGGUCAGCAAUGGUCUCGCAGGUCUGCUCGAGGAGAUGAUUCAAGACUCGAAGGCUCGAUACCGUGGCAUUAUCGCUUCAAGCCCCGACGCGUGGUUCAGGGGGUUCUUUCUGGGCACUGCGCUGGCGCGCAUUUGCGAGACCAAGCUCAGCGAGAUCGACAACCAGCGCACUCGAUUCAUCAAUGAGCUUACCACGUGCAUGGAGGAGAUAGCGCAAGUUGCUCAGCAUAUUGAGGACCUGAAGGACUCCUCAGCAGAGGUCAAGGCCCUGAGGGGCAUCAUCGGUGGUGCUCUCGGCACUCAGGCUUCAGAUGUGAACGAUGCCAUCCACGUGCUCGGCGCGCCCCGCAUGAAGCCCAUCCUGGAGCAUUACGGGGGGAAGCCGACCUGGAUGGAGUUGCAAUCAUCAGCGCAGCUCGCCUUGCAGAGAAAUGCUGCUGAUGACGCUGGCGACGAGAGGGUGGCUUACGCAAUCCACUGCUUGACUGACGGCGUCAGCCUGUGCUUGGACGUCUUCACUGGGGGGCCCACCGAGGGGCAAGUGUCGGCCCACCUUGUUAUCAACAACGUCCGCGUUGUUACGGAGUUUAAGAUCUUCAACGCGGUCGAGGAGGCUGCUUUCGCUGUCCAGGAGGCUUUGAGCACGUGGUCUGCUAUUCGCAAGUCGGAGCGGCUCAGCCUGAUCUACGAGUGGGUCCAAACCGCUACCACAAAGGUAGCAAGUGCUGACAUCGUCUUGUGCUACUACACCUACCACAUCGCCAAGCGCACGGGCGAUCUGCUGAACUCGAGCGCCCAGGCUUUCGGCUCCACUGGUGGGAAUUCUCCGGCCCGCAGAGAAGAUCAAGGCAGCCUCGACUCGAAGCCAGAAGACUACGACGCAGCGCUCACGAUCAACGACCUCGUCGAGUUGGUUGGCAAGGUCAAGUGGUCUAUCCAGUACAUUCGCGAUACGAUUUCGUCUAGCGGCCUUGACUCUCCGCAGGUGAAGGGGCUGAUGGAUAUUCUUACCAUUGUCACAGACCACGGCGACAAGAUCAAGCUCUAUUGCAAUCUCAUCGACGCGAUGGUGCGUUAUGGUGGUGUUCCUGGCAGUGGGUUCGCGCGGCUGAAGUCAUCGCGAUCGCCGCAGUCUGGCGCUGGGUCCAGCUCAGCCGCGGACGCGUCUUCGCUCGACGACUCCUUGGACAGCAGCGCGACUGAGAAGGGCAAGAAGCCUUCGGCAGAAUUGGCGAGGGCACUACUCGACUGCGCCAGCGCUGCACCCGACGGCUUGGACAUCAUGGCCGUUGUGACGAGAGGUGGAGAUAAAGACAUGAUCGGCUGCAAGGCGCUUCUCAUGCACCCAC